GAGUCACUUUGAAUGAGCGUAUCUACUCACCACGAGGGGCCCUUAAUCCGGGAGCGACCGAAUGAAACAAUGAAUGGCUUCGGUACUCGGUACAUCCGGAUCGGUAUGGGCAACUUGGGGAAAAGGGGAGAAGCUUCGGAUCAAUCAGCAUCUCUCGUGGAGCGAACGAUGCGAUUAGAUUCGCGGAACCGGGGAAAAGCAGAAAGCAGUUGAUGAACAGGAUGGGGUCGCGAUCGCGGAGUCGCCAACGGGCUCAAAAUUGGACUCUCGGGUUCGGCAACACAAACUCGGGAGAGCUCGGUCUCGGAGGUAUCGAGGACCAUAUCGUCCGAGUUCCUAGAAGUAUACCUCAACUCGAGGGUAUCCGCGUCCGACAAAUUGCGACGGGAGCUCACCACACGUUGGUCUUGACCUCGCACGGCCGAGUUCUAUCGUGCGGCAGCAAUGACCAUGAUCAAUUGGGCCAGGAAGUCAGCACAACGAAACCAGAGCCCGUGACGGCCUUGCAGUGCCUGAGAAUCGUUCAAGUCUGCUGCGGUCAGCAGCACUCGAUGGCUCUGACGGAGGCCGGUCAAGUUUACAUGUGGGGCUCGAACUCCAAGGGCCAACUGGGUAAUGGGGAAGGUCAAGAGUCGCGUUUGUCGCCCAGGUUCGUGAAGACCCUCGCGCCCUUCACCGUCGUCCAAAUUGCUUGCGGAUCGAAUCACUGCCUAGCGCUUCUCAACAACGGCGCAUUGUACGCGUGGGGUGACAAUGGAAAUGGACAAUUGGGAAUCGGAACCGUCGGAGAACCUCAAAGGGUACCGGUAGAGGUGACAAAUCUUCUGGGGCUCCCAUUAUCGCAAAUCGCAUGCGGGGCCAACCAUUCGAUGGUCCUAUCAAAAUCAGGAGUUAUUUUUGUGUGGGGCUCUAAUCGCUUCGGUCAGCUGGGGCUCAGCGACAACAAAGACAGAGCCUUCCCGACGCUGUUGAAAACUCUCCGUCAGCAACAUGUGAAAUUCAUCGCGGCUGGCGGAGCUCACAGUGCUGCUCUUACGGCUCACGGCGGAGUAUUCACAUUCGGGAGUGGCUCCUACGGACAGCUUGGACAUGGCUCCAAGAACGAUCAACUCACACCAAUGAAAAUUCAAGAGUUGAUGGGCACCACGAUAACACAAAUUGCCCUGGGCAGGUGUCAUACUGUUUGCUACGCUCCAACAGUUGGAAAAGUAUUCACAUUCGGGCUUGGCGGUAACGGACAACUCGGAUCGAGCGUUUCAAUGGUAUCAACACCCACCCCGCUGGCGGGCAAUUGGGGAAAGAGCCUCGAGAUCAAACUCUUCCGACGUUCUUCAACGAAAUCCGAUCAGACCAAUCAAAUUGAUUGGUCCGAAAAACUCAACGAAGAGAGCAUACCACGAGACGAUCCUGGGGAGUCGCACGAGCCGCUCGACCCGGAAGACAUCGACAUGGAGGUUGAGGAGUCGCCUGACGAGGAAGAGGAACCCGCCAUAGAGCUUCAAUCCAGAGAGCUCUUAGUGUAUUCGAUUUUCGCUGGCGGAGACAGGAGCUUCCUUGUUUGCCACGAGUCUAAGCAACUGAGCGAGAACAGACCAGCCGACUACAGAAUACGACCGAAAAUCCAAGAGAUUUCGACGCUAGAGAUCGACAUCCUCGAAAGUCUUCCUUUCCUGAAGAAAGAUGAGCAAGUGCCUGAGGAUAUCAUGAACUAUUUGGAGCCUAUAUUGAGUUCGCUGGCGUGUUUGAACGGUUCAUUCCUCGUGGAAGACGAUGGUCACUACAACUGCACAGGCCUUAAUCAUGGAAUCGACGUAGAAUUGGCUAUGAGGGGACUGAAGAGCUUGGAGGACACGAAGAAUACGAGCUUGCAAGAAUUCAUUGGUGCUCAACUUAGCGAAUUGCUGAGCAAAAUGCAAUUAAUGUCCACGAAUCCGACCGACAUCGAAUGCAUCCGGGUAUUUUUCCUCGUUCCGCUUUGUCAUCUGUACCGGCGGAUACCGCAAUACCUCGAUUCGAUUACGAAUCCGUACCACCGUUCCCUCCUGAGGCUGAAACAAACCGCAGCACGAAUCGUUUCUUCGUGGUUUGGCUUGUAUGACGAACACAUGUUCGGAGAUUUUGUCCGAUCCGUCAAAAGUAUCAUAGAUCACGUGCUCAUAUACAGCAAGAAUGACACGAUGUCUUUGGAAUACGCACUGAAGACACUGAGAAUAUUGAAUGGAGUAAAUCGAGAGAAACUUAUUGUACCCUUCGAAGAGUUCUAUAUCGAGAUUCUGCAUCAACAUAUCUCUAUCGAAAAGGACUAUCAGGAGUGGUCAAUGUUGUCUCCCGACGUUCGUAUGCAUAAAAUAUUCUUCUGCGACUAUCCGUUUGUGUUCGAUGCCGCAGCGAAAACCAUCAUCCUGUUGUGCGAUGCGGCAAUCCAGAAGCACUCGGCUGUCACACAAUCAAUGCAACAGAACUUGAAUCCUCUCGCUAUGAUGUUUAGGCAGCAGCAGAUUCAACCCUACCUCAUCCUAAAGGUGCGCAGAGAUAACAUCAUCCAGGAUUCUUUGCAUCAGUUAGCGUCUAAGGAGUGUCAGGACCUCAAGAAACCAUUGAAGGUGAUAUUCGCCGGCGAAGACGCUGUCGAUGAGGGCGGAGUUCGUAAAGAGUUCUUCAUGCUUUUAAUUCGGGAAAUACUUGACCCCAAAUUCGGAAUGUUCACCGUUUAUGAAGAUUCUCAGUACAUGUGGUUCCAUCAGUCUCUUUUCCAAGACGACAGUCGCACGGUUUUCCUUAUCGGGAUUAUGUGCGGACUGGCGAUCUACAAUCAGACCAUAAUCCCCCUCCCGUUCCCGCUAGCAUUGUACAAGAAACUUCUGAGAGAACCCGUCAACCUUCAGGACUUGGCCGUUCUGACUCCAGCCACUGCGAAGGGCUUGCAAGAUCUGUUGAAUUAUGAUGGCGAUGACGUCGAGUCGGUGUUCUGUUUGAACUUCACAGUAACACGAGACAACUACGGUCAGAUGGAGGAGAUCGAAUUGAAACCGGGAGGCAAUUCGAUUCCUGUAACGCGGAAGAACAAGGCUGAAUACGUAAAGCUUUACGUCGACUACCUGCUGAACCAGGCCUGCAAGGAGCCAUUCCAGCUGUUCAGCGACGGAUUCUACCGCGUUCUAAAGUCGGAUAUUCUCAGUCUCUUCAACGCCAACGAGCUCAUGACUCUCGUAGCGGGCAAGGAGGACUACGACUGGAAAGACUUGGAACUUCAUACCGGUUACAAAGAUGAAUACAAUCCAACGCACCCAACGAUACGCAUGUUCUGGAGAGUCUUCCACCAGCUGACUCAGCAACAGAAGAAACAGUUCCUUCUGUUUCUGACGGGUACAGACCGUAUCCCUAUCCUUGGCAUGGGGGAAAUCAAGAUGAUUAUCAUUCCCUAUCGAGCAUCGACGGUACAUUUGCCGGUGGCGCAUACGUGCACGAACACCCUAGAACUUCCCAAGUAUGCGAACGAAAGAAUCCUCAAAGAAAAAUUAGUGAUUGCCCUAGCGAACAACAUCGGAUUCGGCAUCCGCUAAGCGAAGCAAAAAUCAUUCGGAGAGAGGUGAAUCGGUGCGAGACGAAUCAAAGACCGAACUCGAGUCCCAAACCCACAGGGCUCGAGAUAGAAUUUCGGAACAGAAUAAAUGCAUGUGACGU